UCAAUGGCAUGUUUUCAGCACGCGGGUAUAUAAGCCUUGGGUGCUCUCCGGAUGAGUGUGUCGGUGUCGUCAAGUGUAAAGCGCAGCAAGUGGAUAACCCAUACAAAAUCAUGUGGACGAAGGUUGCUCUUUUCUGUUUCGUUGCCUGCGUCAGUGCCCAAGUUCAGGUGAAUCCGCCGCCGGCACCGUACAACUUUGCGUACGAGCACGUCGACGCAAAGACUGGCGCCAAGGUCACACAAAGCGAGAGCGGGGAUGCCAGCAACGUCAAGACUGGCUCGUACGGCAUCAACGACCCAACGGGUCUCUACCGCCUCGUGCAGUACAUUGCCGACGCUCAGGGCUUCCGCGUCACAGUAGACACCAACGAACCUGGCACCAAGAGCCACGAUGCCGCCAACGCCCGCUACACCUCGAAGGCGGCGAACACACCCGCGGCCGUAGUUGCACCGCGCAACGUGGUGGUGCCCGCCUUCAGGCCUGCCCUUGUGAGGCCGGCUCGGCUGGCGCCCCUCACUUCAGUGCACACCGUGCACGCCACACCACUGGCCCUUCACGCCGUCCCGCUCUCUCUGCACACUCUUCACGCGGUGCCCGUAGCUCACGCCGUUCACGCCCGCCAGGCGGCCAUAUCUCCUAGUUACAUCCACUUCACCCUGGGCAGGGCCAAGAGGGCCUAGGCUGGACUAUAGGCGUCGAUAUUGACGAACCUUGUGCUGCUCGUUCGAACAGCCAGAAGCGACGACAUCAGCUUACAUGUGUUUCCCCCAUGCGGACGUGAGCGAAACAGGCUGUCAUUGAUGGACGAUGAAGGAAAGUGUGGCCGUUGGUUUUUGUGAUGCUGACACGUCCUUUGUGCUCUUCUUUGGCUUAUGACGCUUGAAAUAAAUUUUGUGAAAG